AGUCAUUUGCCUGUGGGGCGCCGCGGGGACAAGACAGCGAUCAGCCUUGUCGCAUGGAGUUGCAUAGAUAAAUCCAAGCGGGCGCCGCGUGCCGCGUCGACGCCGUCCUGAUGUCCCUCCUCCCUCCAGCGCGUCUCCCUCCCGGCCCGCAACCAUGUUGACCGCCAAGCUGUCGCUCCCCUCGGCCGCCCUGGCCCUGCUGGCCGCCCUGGCCGCCGCCCCCGCGCUGGCCCAGAGCGUGGCCGAGAUCAACGGCAACCGCUUCGUGUCGCCGCUGAAAGGCCAGGCCGUCGCCAACGUCACGGGUGUCGUGCUGGCCAAGGGGCCCAACGGCCUCUGGAUCCGCUCGGACCGGCCCGACGACAGCCCGCUGACGUCCGAGGCCCUCUACGUCUUCGACCGCAACGUCGGCGCCGGCGUGAGCGUCGGCGACCUCAUCGCCGUCGACGGGCGCGUGCUCGAGUACCGCUCCGACGCGAAGCACCUGUUCCUGACCGAGCUGACGGCGCCCAGGAACGUGCGCGUGCUCUCGUCGGGCAACGCGGCCGCCCCGCUCGUCGUCGGCGUCGACACCCCCCAGCCCCCGACGGAGCAGUACUCGUCCCUGGACGGCGGCGACGUGUUUGGCGUGCCCAACGCGGCCGCGCUGCUGACGGACAAGAACCCGGUGCUGGACCCGACGAGGUACGGGCUCGACUUUUGGGAGAGCCUCAUCGGGCAGCUCGUCACGGUGCGGGCGCCCACGUCGCUCAACCGGCCCAACAACUUCGGCGACCACUGGGUCGUGGGCGACUGGCCGGCCACGGGCCGCAACGCGCGCGGCGGCCUGACCAUGACGGCGGCCGACAGCAACCCCGAGGCCAUCCUGGUCGGGAGCCCGCUCGACGGCACCUCCAACCCCAAGGACACCAAGGUGGGCGACCGGCUCGCCGACGUCACGGGCGUCGUCACGUACGCGUUUGGCUUCUACCGCAUCCUGCCCCUGACGGCCGUCGGGGUGACGGGCCGCCUGCCCUACGACCCGCGCCCCACGACGCUCAACUCGACGGGCGACUGCCGCGGCGUGACCGUCACCGUCUUCAACGUCGAGAACCUGUGCGCCACGUCGGCGCACAUGCCGCGCGUCGCCGCCCAGCUGGUCGACCACCUGCGCACGCCGGACCUGGUGUUCCUGCAGGAGAUCCAGGACGACAGCUGCGCCGCCAACGACGGCACCGUGACCGCCAACAAGACGCUCAGCACCUUGGUCGCCGCCGUCGAGGCCCUCAGCGGCGUGAGGUACACCUGGGCCGCCGUCGACCCGGUGGACAACCAGGACGGCGGCCAGCCCGGCGGCAACAUCCGGCCCGCGUACCUGUACCGGCCCGACGUGCUGGCGCUCGUGGACGCGAACCAGGGCGCCGCCGCCGGCGCCGACAAGACCGAGGUGCUGCCGGGGGCAAAGGGCCUGACCUUCAACCCGGGCCGCGUCGAGCCGGCCAGCGCCGCGUGGCAGGCGACGCGCAAGCCCGUCGCGGCGGCGUGGCGGCCGCUCCGGGGCGGCAAGGUCUUCUUCACCGUCAACGUGCACUUUAGCUCAAAGGGCGGCAGCUCGUCCAUGCACGGGGACCCGCGCACGCCCGAGAACGGCGCCGUGGACAAGCGGACGCAGCAGGCGCAGGUGACGGCCGACUUUGUCGCGCAGAUCCUGGCGCAGGACCCCAAGGCGCGCGUGAUCGCGGCCGGCGACUUUAACGAGUUCGUCCCCGUCGCGCCGCUGCAGGCCUUUAUGGAGAGGUCGGGCCUGCUGGACCUGGACGCCGUGGUCGGCAUCCCGCCCGAGGAGCGCUACUCGUACGUCUUCGACAUGAGCAUGCAGGAGCUCGACCACACCUUUGUGAGCCCGGCCCUGGCGUCGGGCAACCGGUCUCAGUUCGAGCACGUGCACGUCAACACCUGGCAGAACACGGCCAACAUGGUGUCGGACCACGACCCCAGCGUCGCGCGGUUUAACUUGUGCGCGUGCGCUUAGGCGUUGAGGGAUAUGUCGAAAGAGACAAGGAGCGCUGGUCUGGCCCUCCAGAACCGAUUGUUCUAUGCGGUUAUACUGUAUCCUCCAACCAUAUAUAAUUUAUACUUUCGUUACUAUCCUCCAGCGAGUCCCUGCAAAGGUCUGCCCGCCUCAUGUUCGGACGGUUGGGGCAUUCUCUGCUCGUAUUAGCGCCGGCAUAUCAAUACUAUAGAUAGGCCGACUUCGCGUUCCGUCAAUCCGUUCCAGACGGUUCUCCAAAUUCACAACUCCAAAAAGUAGGCAAUGUUUGUUGAAAACCAG